AUGUCCGUUACUUGGGAUCAAGAAGGAGAACAAAAACUUCGCGUUUCUUCACUAACACGUGAGACGCUGAGUAUCCUUAUUAUUGUACUCCUAUCAUUACUGUGUGCUGUUGGUUUACUGGGCAAUUUACUUGUGUGCAUAGCAAUUAAGUUGAACCGGAAGCUGCAUAAUAUUACCAAUUAUUUUCUUUUCUCACUAACAUUAACUGAUUUGCUGGUAUGUGGCGUGGUAAUGCCACUUAGCCUCAUUGUGGAAUUACAUCAAGGAAUGUGGACAUGGAAUUUUUUGAUGUGCUUACUUUACAUAUAUGCCGACGUGUUUUUGUGCACCGCCAGUAUUGUACAUAUGUCUAUUAUCUCAAUAGAUCGAUAUCUCGGAAUUUCGAAACCUUUGAAAGCCCGGAAUAAAUCAAAAACACUGAUGAAGGUGAAGUUAGCUUCUGUCUGGAUAGCAACGAUAUUAAUCUCUUGCCCCAUUGUUAUCAUGGCUCUUACUGAUUCAAGAAAUGUAUUUAAUGGUAAUACUUGUCGCAUUACUAAUCGUUACUACAUGAUUUAUGGAUCAAUACUCGCAUUCUUAAUACCAUUUCUUAUUAUGGUAGUUACUUAUAUCCGCACUACAAAUCUUCUCAAACGACAAUCAAGUCUUAUUAGUCAUCAAAGGACUGCUACCAACAGUCACACUGAAGUACCAACUAUCUUACGACAUAACUUCACGCAGAGCAACUACAUCCCUAAAAAGUAA